GGGGUAAUUUGUGCGUAUAUAGCAACUACUGUACAACAACUUCGAUAUCCGCUCGCCACAGCCAGUACUAGACUCCUCCCUGCGAGGCAAGAUUUACAAUAUAGCAAGCGCUGCUUCAGGCUAUGGCCAAAGUUUUACCCGAUCGGUAUUCUUCAAAUCCAUUUAUUGGAUUCCCAGUCACCAUGGCAGAAAGGAAGCAAGCAAGACAAGCAGCGGCAUCGUCCGGCUCGCAGACACAAAGACAAUCUUCCGACCCUCAGUCAACGUGCUUCAUGGGAAACCCGGAGAAGGUUCGACAGAGCGGGACCUCCUUCGCUGGGAGCAAGACCAGUGCAAGAUCGAUCUCUCCGCAGUCAGCAGCGAACAUGCCACAGGGUGAUUUGCCGAAUGAGCCACGUGAGCGCCGCAAAUCGUCUCUCGGACGACUGGUGGACAAGACGGUAUUAAAGCUCAAUCGAAGGCCAAGCGGAGCAGAAAGUCUUCCAAACGAUGAGGAUGACUUUCAGCGGCAGAAGGCCAAGGAGGUUGAGCAGCAAAGACGGAAGGAGGAGUACGAGCGAUUGGGCCUUGGGGAGAGAACAACUUUGGGUACGCCGGGCGCUGGAGGUUGGCGUGCUGGAUGAGUCGCUGGCCGGAAGUGAAACGAUGCUGACGUGAGCGUCUUUUGUGUUCAUCCCCUUUGGGGGCCGUGUGGCGCGACGCAACACGGCAUACACCUUACUAUUGCCAUGAGAACAUUACACGCACACUAAAGGCAGCUAGAGGCUUCUUGGGGGUUCUUUGGAGGAAUGAUCGUUGUUGCGGCGGCCUUAUCGUCACCAGAUUAGUGACUGCAAAUAGAGUCAAGGUCCAGCUUUCUCGAAGACACGU